GUUAGAAUUUUGUUAUUAUUAAUGGAUGUUUGAAGCUCUGGUGAAUUUUAGUAGCUUAUUACGUCUUUUUAUUCCGAUUAAGAUUGAACUAUACUCUUGAGUAAUAAUGUCUGAAUAGACAUUUGUCUACUAUAUAAUUGGAAAAAUAGACAUACUGCAAACUAUCACAAUAGACGAAUUACAAGCAUACAUGGUGAGAAAUGAUAUGGAACCUGCUUUCGUAGCGAGAUGGCAAGAAUUAUUCGAUCCUCAAAAAACAGGCAUAAUUACACUUUCAAAAUUUUGUGAUGUAUUAGGAUUGGAACUGGAGACUUUACGAUUCAAAUAUGUUGAACAAGAAGAAUUAAAGGUGGCAACAGAUUUACAUUCUUCACUGGAAAAUGUACAUGAAUUUCGAAAGAAUGGUCAAACAAAUAAUCACGUAAAUAAUAUAAAUAAUGCAAACAAUGGAUUACCAAAUGAAUUAAUCAAGCCAAUUGAUUAUCAAGAGAUCUCUGGUGAUAUGCCAGAAGAAUUGAAAGAGACAAUCUUCACUAUAGUUACAGAAGGUGAAGACAUUUACCACAACAAUGAUAAAGAACUAGUUAAAUGGAUCAAAUUACGUUUGGACAAGCAUUAUAAACGUUUAUGGCAUUGUGUAAUUGUACGAGGUCAAUACUCAUCAUUCUAUUCUUAUCAACCAGGUUAUUCAUUUUGUUUCCGUCAUGGACCACGUGUAUUUCUAUUGUUUAAAACACCGAAUACUUAAAAGAAAUUAUUAUUUGUAUGUUUGCUUGUGUAUUUCUAAUCGUUUCUACAUAUCAUCAUUGAAGUCAUUUAACCGCCCAUACAUUCUUAGCAACGACAGCAAAGUGAACAAGAUAUAGAAUAAAACAUACCGGAUCUACCAAUUACGAUUUAUUUUAAUGCGGUUGUAUAAGUUAAAACAAAAGAAAACCUUCGCUCCUAACCGAGCUGUAAUUCUUUAAUCUUUUUGUUUAACAUGGAAUUUUUUUCUAGUUAUUA